GCACGCGCGUGCGAAUGACGUCCAGCUGAAUCACGCUUCAACCACCCAAGCAUGCUCACCUGCUCGUUCCAUAAACGGGCCGUCGCACGGCACUAAUGCUUCCCCUCUUUGGCUAAGAGGCCUACACAGUAAUCUCCAACGUCCGGACUCUGUUCAUGCACGGUUUGAACGAAUCUGAAUUGUGCAUAAGCCAUUGAAGCCCACCACACGGCGACAUGUCAGUAACUACCGCGUCCUAUGCGCCGGACCGUUCAGAGAGGUGCGACUUCCAGACUCAUCCAAGCAUUCCAGUUGUUGUCGAGCCGGAUGUCGACGCAGAAGCCGAAGAACGCGGCCGCCUGAAACGACGUCGCAUGUCCUCACACUCUCCUUGUCGGGCAGCAUCACCCUCUCGUGGCCAUGAGCGCGACAGCGGCUCUCGACACCGACACCACCACCGUAAUCACCAUCGUGAUUCAGAGUCAGCGAGCAUGACACCACCUCCAGCUGCUCCCAAGAAGCAAAGACGGCGCAGCGACGCAGAGCCCGACCAUACCUUUCGCGGCCGUGGACGGAAUCGCAGCGGCAGCAGAGAGCGAACUGGCAGCCCUAUUUUUGAGGAAGAGGAUGCAAGUGAAGAAGAGGUGAGAGUACUGAGAAAGAGAGCACAGCCGCCCAGUCGACCAAGGGCCGAGGUUGAAGAAGAAGAGGGAGAGCUACGUCGGCAACGGAGCUACCCCAACUUGUACAGGAAAGAUUCCAAAGGCGAAGCACAAAAGGUUGAGAUCAAGAGUCCGCAUCCGCUGCGACAGGAGCUCUGAGCGGCGUGAGGAGUCGGGCGUCUAACUAUAUACCCAAUAAACAAGUAGCUCUCGUCUCAGCGUGAGGUUGUAAUUCAAUAAACACCAUAAACCAAAUGGCAUGUCUGCUCUCGUCCACUGCUUCUCGUUCGGCUUGGUGGUCGGCGGCACGCGACAGCCUGCAGCGACAGCUGCCAGACCCUGAACGAGCUUAUCCGACCAACACAAGGAGCAGUCGGAGCAACCCCUAGACAGUUCUGCUGUCGUCAA